AUGUUACUUCUUCUCAACGUUACAAACCAAGGUCAGAAAUGGGCAGAAGCACGGGCAGUUUACGGCGGAGAUUCAACGAUUAAGUUUGUCUUUGAAGGUGUGGCAGGAGAGGAGACUUCUGAAAUCGCAGUGGACAAAGUCUGUAUUGUGGACUGCAGUAAUGGUUCCACAACAACCACAGAAACUCCGACUACACCAACCACAGAAACUCCAACUACACCGACCACAGAAACUCCGACUACACCAACUACAGUAUCAACGACACCAACCACAGUAUCAACGACACCAACCACAGAAUCAACGACACCAACCACAGAACCAACGACUACACCAACCACAGAAACUCCAACUACACCGACCACAGAAACUCCGACUACACCAACCACAGAAUCAACGACACCAACCACAGAAUCAAUGACAACACCAACCACAGUAUCAACGACACCAACCACAGAAUCAACGACACCAACCACAGAAUCAACGACAACACCAACCACAGAAUCAACGACACCAACCACAGAAUCAACGACACCAACCACAGAAUCAACGACACCAACCACAGAAUCAACGACACCAACCACAGAAUCAACGACACCAACCACAGAAUCAACGACAACACCAACCACAGUAUCAACGACACCAACCACAGUAUCAACGACACCAACCACAGUAUCAACGACACCAACCACAGAAUCAACGACACCAACCACAGAAUCAACGACACCAACCACAGAAUCAACGACAACACCAACCACAGUAUCAACGACACCAACCACAGAAUCAACGACUACACCAACCACAGAAUCAACGACAACACCAACCACAGAAUCAACGACUACACCAACCACAGAACCAACGACUACACCAACCACAGAAUCAACGACACCAACCACAGAAUCAACGACAACACCAACCACAGUAUCAACGACACCAACCACAGAAUCAACGACACCAACCACAGAACCAACGACAACACCAACCACAGAAUCAACGACACCAACCACAGAACCAACGACUACACCAACCACAGAAUCAACGACAACACCAACCACAGAAACUCCGACUACACCAACCACAGAAUCAACGACACCAACCACAGUAUCAACGACACCAACCACAGAAUCAACGACACCAACCACAGAACCAACGACAACACCAACCACAGAAUCAACGACACCAACCACAGAACCAACGACUACACCAACCACAGAAUCAACGACAACACCAACCACAGAACCAACGACAACACCAACCACAGAAUCAACGACAACACCAACCACAGAACCAACGACACCAACCACAGAACCAACGACAACACCAACCACAGAAUCAACGACACCAACCACAGAAUCAAUGACAACACCAACCACAGAACCAACGACAACACCAACCACAGAAUCAACGACACCAACCACAGAAUCAACGACACCAACCACAGAAUCAACGACACCAACCACAGAAUCAAUGACAACACCAACCACAGAACCAACGACAACACCAACCACAGAAUCAACAACACCAACCACAGAAUCAACGACACCAACCACAGAAUCAAUGACAACACCAACCACAGAACCAACGACAACACCAACCACAGAAUCAACGACACCAACCACAGAACCAACGACUACACCAACCACAGAAUCAACGACAACACCAACCACAGAACCAACGACAACACCAACCACAGAAUCAACGACAACACCAACCACAGAAUCUCCGACUACACCAACCACAGAAUCUCCGACUACACCAACCACAGUUCCUACAACCACUGGUUUAAUGUUAGGUAUGUCAAAUCCAAAUUCAACUGCAAUGUGUAUCAUCCACCAUAGUUAA